UAAAGACCGAGCCGAAACGACUGCGUUUUGGAUCAGGCUGAGGAUAGAAAGAAAUCCAGCUCUGUUUGAGUUUGGUUGGUGGAAGAUGCAGACGAGGUACAUGGAGAGAUCGAAUAGUAUGGCGAGGGAGAAGCGCGGUUUGGAUUCGGCAGCGGCGGAGGAAGGACAGCCGGAUAGGAAACGGCCUGCACUAGCAAGUGUAAUUGUUGAAGCUCUCAAGGUGGACAGUCUGCAAAAGCUGUGCUCGUCAUUGGAGCCAAUUUUGCGAAGAGUUGUCAGUGAAGAGGUAGAGCGUGCUUUAGCAAAAUUAGGCCCGGCUAAACUUACCGGAAGGUCGUCUCCUCCUAAACAAAUUGAAGGACCUGAUGGAAGAAACUUGCAGCUGCACUUCAGGUCCAGGUUGUCACUUCCUCUUUUCACUGGUGGAAAAGUAGAAGGAGAGUGGGGUGCUGCGAUCCCCAUUGUGUUGAUUGAUGCAAAUACAAACCGUGUUGUCACAACAGGCCCAGAGUCGGUGGCAAAACUAGAUGUUAUUGUACUUGAAGGUGAUUUUAAUAAUGAGGACGAUGAUAACUGGACUGAAGAAGAAUUUGAUAGCCAUGUGGUGAAAGAGCGUGAAGGAAAGAGGCCCCUCCUCACUGGGGAUCUUCAAGUGACACUGAAAGAAGGUGUGGGAACACUGGGGGAGCUGACAUUUACCGAUAAUUCUAGCUGGAUUAGGAGCAGGAAGUUCAGGCUAGGAUUGAAGGUCGCCUCAGGCUAUUGUGAUGGGAUUCGUAUACGAGAAGCAAAAACAGAUGCCUUCACUGUGAAGGACCACCGUGGGGAAUUGUACAAGAAACACUACCCACCUGUGCUAACUGAUGAGGUUUGGAGAUUGGAGAAAAUUGGAAAAGAUGGGUCAUUUCACAAGAGACUAAAUAAGGCCGGAGUUUUUUCUGUUGAAGACUUCCUACGACUUGUGAAUAGAGACUCGCAGAGACUGCGGAAUAUUCUUGGGAGUGGCAUGUCGAAUAAGAUGUGGGACAUCCUUAUACAACAUGCAAAGACCUGUCUUCUUGGUGGUAAACUCUAUGUGUACUAUCCUGAUGAUGCAAGGAGUGUUGGUGUUGUUUUCAACAAUAUCUAUGAGUUGAGUGGGUUAAUUACCAAUGAACAAUUUAUCUCCGCUGACUCUCUCUCAGACAGCCAGAAGGUCUAUGUCGACAGUUUGGUGAAGAAGGCGUACGAAAACUGGAUGCAUGUUAUGGAGUAUGAUGGAAAGUCUCUUCUAAACUUCAAGCAGCAGAAGGAUCCAGUAACUUCGCAACUUGAGGUUCCCAUGGCUUCGCAAGAGUAUACAAACUCCUUUAACCAGCAGUUCACGGUACCUAGCUUGCCAGUUCCUUCAGAGCAGCAUAUUAUGGAUCCUGGAUUUAUUGCGGGAGGUUAUAAUGAUGGCAUGGCAACCCAAUUUUCAAUACCACAGAACGUAAAUCUCAAUCCUCCCAUUCAGUUUGAUGGCUCUUCUUUCCCUCCACCGAAUCAGUUGCCCAACACUUCGCACCCACAUGAAAUCCAAAGAAGUGAAAAUAUGCUUGCCCUCGGUCCAUCACAGUUAUCGACAUCAGGAUUCCAGAAUGUGGAUACAUCCAAUCUUGCUUCUUAUCGAGGACUUGACUUUUUCCCAGAGGAAGAAAUUCGUACGAGGAGCCAUGAGAUACUUGAAAACGAAGAUAUGCAGCAUCUACUUCGCAUGUUUAACAUGGGCGGUCAUGGUCAAGUUCACGGACAGAGUGUCCAUCCUUCCAUAAAUGCUACAGAAGAUUAUUCUUAUUCCUCAGCAUAUAUGCCCAGUCCAGCGAUAAACUACAAUUUUGAUGAUGACCGCAGUCGUUCAUCUGGUAAAGCUGUUGUUGGUUGGCUCAAGCUCAAGGCAGCCCUUAGAUGGGGCAUAUUCAUCAGAAAGAGGGCUGCUGAGAGACGGGCACAACUGGUUGAGUUGGAUGAAUCAUAAUUUACAACUUGAAUGAAGAAAUGAGAUUUGCUGAUAGAGUUUGGUGUCUAGGGAACCAUUUCCCAACCUGAAUUUGUAUCAUGUUGUGGUUUCUAACUUCAGCAAGAAUUGAGUGGUUCCGUGGAUAAAUCUAGCAGUAAGUUCCUUGGAAUAUAAGUCUGACAUCUUCGGACCUCUCAAACUGUACAGUUCAUGAACAGUAAGCUUAUCUUCUCAGUUAACACCUGCUGCUUUCACCGGUUGUGCCUUGCUUCGUAGCAUGUAAUUCUCGUGCCGUGGGCAUCAUUUCACUGCAAGUUCUGAAACAGUUGAGCUCUUUCAAAUGACUGGCAAUGUUACAGUGGAGGCUUUCUUGUAGCUAAAGUUGGCAAAGGUGUUUCUUACAUUUCACGGUAAAGGGUGCAAGUGAUCACACUUCGUUAGUGCGUUGUUCUUUUAUUCACCAUUUGUUGUUCUGUGUAAGUUUUUUUUUUCUUUUUUUCGCCCUAAUUGUUUUUAUUCUCAAAUUGUAUCUUGAAUUUGACAUGAUUAAUGUCACUGAACCAAUUUUAUUU